GUCCUACGGAGUGGAAAAAACGCCCACACGGCAUUUCCAAGAGAGACUCUUUUCUCCUUCUUCACCUCUGUUUCUUCACACUCUCUACAACUCAACAGAACCAGAACCAGAGCAGGCAUUGCUCUCAUUCAUCAUAUAAUAGCCGCUGUACUACUGAGAAAAGUUGCGCCUGCCUGCUCUCUUCGCUUCCCUUUUUUGACUCCCCACAUAAACCCUAGAAAAGAAAAAUCUAGGGUUUUUGAUUGUAUUGUAUGAGAAAGGUCUGUGAGCUCCGAUCUUAGGAUUCAGGAGAAAAUGGAAGAAGCUGAAGAUCAUCGCGGCGGCGAUCUGAUCCAACGGCUCCAAUCUUCUUUCGGGACUUCGUCGUCUUCCAUUCCAAAGCAGCCGCCACCAUCAUCGUCGGCGUCGGGUCGAUUCGAGGUUCCUCAUCUCAACACAUCCCAAAUCCGAGCGCCGUUCCGUAAUUUCUCGCAGAAUUUCAGCCCGGAGAGCAACAACAAGCGGGCUGGGAUGCCUCCCUCCCACCUGCAUUUCCCGCCUGCCUCUCCUUACUCACAGAUCCCGGCUUCAGCGGCUCGGCCGCCGGCUCAGCAGUUCAGCCCUGCUCCCUCGCAUUCCAGAUCUUUAUCACAGCCCGCGUUCUUCUCGUUUGAUUCCUUGCCCCCGAUGAGCCCGUCCCCUUACCGCGAAUCGGCGUCUCCGUCGCUUUCGGAUCAGAUGUCUGCAGACAUCUCGAUGGAGGAACGGGAUAUGAACUCCCACACCCCGCCACCUCCUUCGCCCUACACGAGGGGGGCUGGGAGUGGCUCGGUCCGGGUCAGUGAGAGCCUCCCACCUCGCAAAGCGCACCGGCGCUCCCACAGUGAGAUCCCGUUUGGGUUCUCGUCUGGGAUCCCGUCUUCGCCCCCGGUUGCUCCGAUCAGAGCUCAGGGUGGGGUUUUAGAUCGGUCUGCUUCUGCAAAGGAGAAUCUGGGGGUUUCGAAGCCAGCCCAGCUCGUGAAACAGGAAUUGGAUUGGGAUAGAGAUGGCGGUGAUGGCAAUGUGGAAGGAACGGGGGAGAGGAAAUCUGAAGGGGAAGCAGCUGUGGAUGACCUGUUCUCUGCGUAUAUGAACUUGGACAAUAUGGAUGCGUUGAACUCUGGCGGGGCUUUGGAUAAACAAUGCAAUGAGAACCGUGAGGAUUUGGAUAGCAGAGCUAGCGGCACAAAGACUGGGGAGAGCAGUGACAAUGAAGCAGAGAGCAGUGUGAAUGAAAGUGGUGGGAGCAUGCAUCGUGCAAAUCGGAGUUCCUCGACAGAGAGGAAGGAAGGGACCAAACGGAGCGCUUGUGGCGAUGCCAAUGUGAAUGUUGGGUCAACUCGUCAUUGUAGAAGUCUUUCCAUGGAUAGCUUGAUGGGCAAGAUGAGCUUCGGGGAUGAGUCACCAAAGCUGCCGCCGUCCGUGGGAGUUCAGGCAGGCCAGCACUCGCGCACCAAUUCGAUGGAUGGGACUUCGGCUCCUUUCAGCUUGGAGUUCGGGAAUGGUGAAUUCAGUGGUGCAGAGAUGAAGAAGAUCAUGGCCAACGAGAAACUUGCUGAGAUCGCGUUAACGGACCCUAAGCGGGCCAAAAGGAUUUUGGCAAAUCGGCAAUCAGCUGCUCGAUCCAAGGAGCGAAAGAUGCGGUACAUUUCAGAACUGGAACACAAGGUGCAGACUCUACAGACAGAAGCUACCACUCUGUCUGCUCAGCUUACCCUGUUACAGAGAGACUCAGCUGGGCUUACCAGUCAGAACAAUGAGUUGAAGUUCCGUCUUCAGGCCAUGGAGCAACAGGCACAACUAAGAGAUGCCCUGAAUGAAGCACUAAGUGCAGAGGUGCAGCGCUUGAAGCUGGCCACUGCAGAGCUCGGAGAGUCUCACCCUUCUAACAACUUGGGUCACCAGCGUCCAGUUAAUCCUCAGAUGUUCCAGCUGCAGCAUCAGCAGCAACCUAUGCAGCUCAACAUUUAUCAGCUUCAACAACAGCAGCAGCAGCAGCAGCAGCAGAAUAACAAUGCAGCUACAAAACAUGAAUCAAACCAGUAGGCUGAGAAUGGACCAUUCUGCAGGAGCAUCAUGGAACCCAAUUCUGUGAGUCUGUUUGUUGUUGGUGUCAUGUGAUUCCGUCUGCAUUUGUGUCAAGAACUCCAGGUAAUUACUGAACCCAAUCAUACCUCAUCUGUUUAUCGGCUCUUAUAAGUUCAAGAAAAGGUGGUGGUAAUGCCAUUGAUGAAGUUUACAUAUAUGUUAUUCGUAUUGUUGUUGUGAUUAUUGUUAUUAUUUUUUGGGUAGGCACAUUUGAUUUGGAUGUAAACGUUAUGUUGUGGUGGGCCCUACAUGUUUUAUUAGUUAUGUACCGAGUCUUUUGAACUAAGGGGAUUUAGCUUAAAUCCAUCCUUUAGAAAUGACUUUUCAUAUUCUUCUUUCCUCUCUUUUAGAAAUCCAUUACAAAUUUGAAGGGUUUA